CAUUUGUGUAUUACUUGUCAUUGAAUUAAGUGCUGAUUGUGUGACACAAUUGGUGCCAAACUUACAUCGUUUAGUCCUCACGCCCUCCAGACACUCGUCCUCCGCAGCAAUCGCGCCAUGACUUCGCUGUCCAUCGCAACGGUUCCCACCAAACCAUUCGACGGCCAAAAGCCCGGCACAAGUGGUCUCCGGAAAUCAGUGCAAACUUUUAUGCAAAACAAUUACAGCGAAAAUUUCAUACAAUGUAUUGUGAAUGCGGCCGAAGACAGGACCAAACUCGUGGUCGGAGGCGACGGCCGAUACCAUAACAGUCAUGUCGUGCAGACAAUUAUAGCCAUUUGUGCGGCCAAUCAUGUAAAGCAUGUAAUCGUUGGCCAAAACGGCAUUUUGUCGACUCCGGCCGUAUCGGCGCUCAUUAGGAAACGGCAAACAAACGGUGGCAUUAUAUUGACGGCCAGUCACAACCCGGGCGGACCUAAUGGCGACUUUGGCAUCAAAUUCAACACAUCCAAUGGCGGACCGGCGCCCGAAUCGGUCACAAACCAGAUCUACGAAUUGACCAAAAGUGUGACCCAAUACCAGAUCGUAAAGGACUUGAAAGUGGAUGUCUCCAAACUCGGUGUUCAGACAUUUGACGUUUCGGGCAAUCAGUUUACGGUCGAAGUCGUCGAUCCCGUCGACGAUUACUUGCAACUAAUGAAAGAGAUAUUUGAUUUCAAUGCAAUCAAA